UCGAUUUUUCAAAAGUUUCGAAAUGUCUGAUGAAUAUUUAUUUAUGGAACAAGUGAGAAUGCACAGAUAUUUAUGGUGUACAAACCACCUGAAGUACAGAGAUAUUCAAGCAAGCAAGGUUAAAUGGGAAGAGAUUGGUAAAAAGUUCGAUCUGAACUAUGAACAGGCGAGGAAAAAAUUCACAGCUAUGAAGGUAAAAUUUAAUAAGUACUACGCUCUAACAUUAAAAUCAGGUUGGGGAACUCCCAUGCAGAUGAGUAGAUAUAACAAAUUUGUGCAAGAUUAUUAUUGGUUAAAAGAAAAUGUGAAGGAUAUUGAUAAAUAUGUUGAGUCAAAUUUGAAUCUAAAACCACCAAAAAUGGACAGUUCAGAAGAAAAUUUGGAACUAAGCCCACCAAUAGAUAAAUUUAUGGAAGAUAGUUCCCAUCUAAACUCUUUAAAGGAAUCUAACAGCCAAUUAGAAUCAUGUGAUUCAUAUCUCAAUUCAAUAGUUUACCCAAAAAUCAAUGAUUUAGGCAAUGGCAAUCCAAAAAAUAAAAAACUUAAAAACCUUGAGGCGGAAAGAAUAAAAAUAUUUCAAGAUAUAUUAAAUAAAAAAGAAGAAGCCCCUAAGGAUGUUCAUCAUAUCAUGGGGUUCUUUGCCUCAUUUUUAAAUGAGUUGAAUGAUAAGACAAAAGAAGAAAUUUAUAAUUUUAAAAUAAAAUUUUUAGAAAUUAUAUCACCAUAUAUAUAAAUUUUUUUAAAUGAUAUAAAAUUAUAUUUAUAUUUUUAUAGUAAUAUAUAAUGAUUUUUAUAUUUUA